UAUCUUGCCUUUGCAGGUAUCCUUCAAUUGUUCAAUCGUUGAAGUUCGAAAGACAGGGGAAAGGAAAAGAAUUCUCUGCUCAGUUUUUGUGGGUUUACUUCCUUCAAUCAAUUUAUGGCUUCUUCAAUGCUCAGCGGAAGUGAAAAGCUCACCUUUACCAGAGGUCUAACUCCAAAUCCAUAUGGGUUAAGCUUUCUAGGUUCUGAUUUUAAUGGGAAGUCUGUUCCCAAGGUUGGAUUGUUGUCUUAUGCUAGGAAUUCCAAAGCUCAAACCCUAGCACCCAAAUGCAGUUUAUCGUCGGCAAGGCCAGAUUCUCAGCCGAGGUUUAUACAACACAAAAAGGAGGCAUUUUGGUUCUACAGGUUCCUCUCUAUAAUCUAUGACCACGUCAUAAACCCUGGACACUGGACUGAGGACAUGAGGGAUGAAGCCCUUGAGCCUGCGGAUCUCUAUGACCGGAAUAUGAUAGUGUUGGAUGUUGGGGGUGGAACUGGGUUCACUACUUUGGGUAUUGUUAAGCAUGUAGAUGCUAAAAAUGUCACAAUUCUUGACCAAUCUCCUCACCAGCUUGCCAAGGCAAAGCAGAAGGAGCCCUUGAAGGACUGCAAAAUCAUUGAAGGUGAUGCUGAAGAUCUUCCCUUCCCCACGGAUUAUGCUGAUAGAUAUGUAUCUGCAGGAAGUAUCGAAUAUUGGCCAGACCCACAGCGUGGUAUCAGGGAAGCAUAUAGGGUCUUGAAACUUGGUGGAAAAGCCUGUGUUAUUGGCCCUGUGUAUCCAACAUAUUGGUUAUCUCGUUUUUUUGCGGAUGUGUGGAUGCUUUUCCCAAAGGAGGAAGAGUACAUUGAAUGGUUUAAAAAUGCUGGUUUUAAAGAUGUUCAACUGAAAAGAAUCGGACCAAAAUGGUACAGGGGAGUCCGUCGGCAUGGAUUGAUCAUGGGAUGCUCUGUAACAGGAGUGAAACCAGCAUCAGGAGACUCACCCCUACAGCUCGGCCCGAUGAAAGAAGAUGUAAAGGAGCCUGUCAAUCCUUUUGUGUUCUUUCUGCGUUUGAUUCUUGGUGCUUUGGCAGCAACAUACUAUGUUCUGGUACCUGUUUACAUGUGGCUCAAGGAUCAGAUUGUUCCCAAAGGUAGGCCAAUCUGAGAGAGAAUAUUUGUGAUCCCAUCAAGAACAGUUAAAUGUUCUAUUGUACUCUGCUUAAAUCCAUUACUUUUAAUAAUCAAUCAUAGAAUAGCAUGCAUUUCUUUUGUUAUACUGCACAAUGCCCUUGGGUGAUGGUUGGUAUUGCUUUUCUCAAACAAUGGCACUUAUAUCUCUCAUUUCUUUGGAUUAGAAUGAUCCUUUUUGCAAGAAA